AUGGGGAAGGCACGCCGGAGAAUCCCGCCGGCUUUGCGGGCCUCGGCCGAGCGCGAAGAGAAGAUGGAGGAGCCGGAGCCGGGGGAGCCGCGGGUGACGGAGGAGGCGGACGACUUCCACGAGCGGCGGAUGGAGGAGGCGGUGCUGGCGGCGCUGGGCAGCGAGGAGGAGGAGGAGGGCGAGGAGGAGGAGGAAGAAGAGGUGCUGGUCCUGCACCUGUCCGAGAACAGCGAGUCUGAGGAAGAUGAUGGGGAAGGGCCGGCCGAGGACGCGGGGCCGGGUGAGGAUGAUGAUGAUGAGGAGGAGGACGAUGAGCCUCUGGACAUGGACAGCGACCUGGAAGAGCAGCGGGGCGAAGGCAAAUGGGGCUCAGGCCUCCCCAAUGAGCUGGCUUGGGGUCAGAGGAAGAAGCUCUACUACGGCACGGACUACGAGGGGGCAGGGCGUCGCCCCAAAGCCCCCAAGAAGAGCAAGGAAGAGGUGGAAGCAGAGGAGCUGGAGGAAGAGGCCGAGGCUCAGGCCAUCCAGAAGAGGAUGGCAGAGAACUUGGGCGAGGAGGACUAUGGCUUGGAUCUCCUGCAGGCUUACGCCAGGACAGCUGAGCCACCAAGCGGGAAAGAAUCUGGGCAGAAAAUCGCCAAGGAUUUGGCCUCCCUUUCUAAAAAAGAGCAGCUGAAAUUGCUGAGAAAGGAAUCUCCGGAACUGCUGGAGCUGAUUCAGGACUUUGAAGCCAAAGUCGUCGAGCUCAGAGAUGAACUGGAGCCCCUCGUGCAAAUGAUCGGGGACGGGGUCAUCCCAGAGGGGAAAGGGAGCCAGUAUUUGCAAACCAAGUACCACCUCUAUCUGAACUACUGUUGUAACAUCAGUUUUUACUUGGUGCUGAAAGCGAAGAGAAUUCCAGUCCAUGGCCAUCCAGUCAUCGAAAGGCUUGUGACUUACAGAAACCUGAUCAAUGACUUGGCAGUUGUGGACCAAAAACUGUUGCCAGAGGUUCGCCUGCUUCUGAAUGAAUUCCAUAAUAACGAGAGCGGUGGGGUGGCAAGUGGGAAGAAGCCCCUGCCGUUUGUUAGAAAAACAGCUAAUAAAAGGAAAACAAAAUCGCCAAAGUUUACUGAGGGUGAGGCCGAAGACGAACUCACGGAUGAUUCAGAGUUUGAUGAGCAAGCUGCCCUGGAUUUUUAUAAGGAGAUGGAAGAGAAGAUCAUGCUUAAGAAGAAGAGGAAACGAGAAGCAAAAGAAGACGCAAGUCACCUGGUUGUUGAAGAGGAGGAAUCAGACCAAAAGAGAGGAGCAACGUACCAGAUGUUGAAAAAUAAAGGCCUCACACCUAGAAGAAAGAAGAUUGAUCGUAAUCCAAGAGUAAAACAUCGUGAGAAGUUCAGAAGAGCCAAGAUCCGUAGAAAGGGACAAGUCCGUGAAUUCCGUAGAGAAAUACAGAAAUAUGCAGGCGAAUUGUCUGGCAUUCGUGCUGGAGUUAAGAAAAGUAUUAAACUUAAGUGAUCCAUUCUCUUCCUUUUUUCACCUCUUCCUCUUUAUUUGCAGACUAAAGAUAGCGGACGUGAAUUUAAUAAAUA